GACUUCACUGCUUCGACUGCAAAAAAAUUGAAACCCUUGGGGUGUCUUCAAAGCCUAGCAAAGAGAAGGCUUCUCGAAGGAGAAGACUUGUUCAGAUCGGCGAAUGGAGCUUCCGAAGUCCGAGGAGGAGAAGGUUGAGAGCGAUAGACCCGUGCGGGUUUAUGCCGAUGGUAUAUACGAUCUCUUCCAUUUCGGCCAUGCACGAUCCCUAGAGCAGGCCAAAAAAUUGUUUCCAAAGAGUUACCUUCUUGUGGGAUGCUGCAAUGAUGAACUUACUUAUCGGUAUAAGGGCAAGACUGUUAUGACUCAAUCUGAACGUUAUGAGUCCCUACGCCACUGCAGGUGGGUCGAUGAGGUGAUUCCGGAUGCUCCUUGGGUGAUCACUAGGGAGUUCCUUGACAAGCACGAGAUCGAUUAUGUUGCUCAUGAUUCUCUACCGUUAGUUUUUCAAUUUACAGCAAGAUUCUUAUCACGUGCCAUAUUUUACUGUAGAUAUGCUGAUGCCAGUGGAGCUGGAAAGGAUGUUUAUGAAUUUGUCAAGUCUAUUGGAAAAUUUAAGGAGACAAAGCGCACAGAUGGGAUAUCUACAUCUGAUAUUAUAAUGAGGAUUCUUAAAGAUUACAACCAGUAUGUGAUGCGGAACUUGGCUCGUGGUUAUAGUAGGAAGGAACUCGGUGUCAGCUAUGUGAAGGAAAAGAGAUUGAGAGUGAACAUGGGUUUAAAAAAAUUGCGUGAAAAAGUGAAGCAGCAUCAGGAAAAAGUAGGAGAGAAGCUGUACACGGUUGCAAAAACUGCAGCCAUACUGCAUGUCGAAUGGGUGGAGAAUGCAGAUCGCUGGGUUGCUGGAUUUCUGGAGAAGUUCGAGGAAGGCUGCCAUUCUAUGGGAACUGCCAUCAAAGAGCGAAUCCAGGAGAGAUUGAUAGCAAAGUCCAGAGACUUCAGCCUGUUGCUGUAUGACUCGGAUUAGCUUUAUAUUAAACAUGGUUACAUGUAAAUUUUAGUAAGUUUUGAUGAUCUUUUUUUAAUGUGAAGUCUCUCGGUUUUUUUUUUUUUUUUUUUUUUUUUUUUUUUUUUUUUUGCGGUGAAAGGGUAAGAAAAAGUGAAAAACUGACCCUUUUGAGAGAUUUUCUUCAUGUAAUUAUAAUAUUGAACUCGCCUGAGAGUUGUAAAGUUGUAUGUACUCUGCAAGGAAGCUUGUGUGAGUCUCUGUUUGGAAUUGACAUAUGAUGAAGCAUUCUUUGCUUAUACAAAAUAUUGAAACGAACUUGAGUUUUUUGU